AUGAUUCCCGCUACUUACGAAAAUUUAGAAACCAUUAUUACAAACAAGAAUGGUCAAAUAUCAUUGCAUAAAAGGUUUCGUGCCCUUUUUACUUUAAAAAACCUUGCCGAUGUUAAAAGUAUUGAUAUCCUUGCUAAAGCAUUCAAGGAUGAUUCUGCAUUACUUAAACACGAACUUGCUUUUGCAUUGGGCCAAAUAAAAAAUCCAUACGCAAUUCCAAUACUUAAUACAGUUUUAACCGAUAAAACAGAAGACCCAAUGGUUCGGCACGAGGCAGCUGAGGCUCUUGGUGCCAUCGGUGAUCCAUCGUCAUUAAAUAUUCUUGAAGAAUAUUUGCAUGAUGAGCAUGACGUUGUUCGACAAACAUGUGAAUUGGCUAUAACAAAAAUUAAGUAUGAGAGAAAUAAAGAAAUUCCGGAAAAUCAAAAAAAUCAGACGAGUGUAUAUACUUCAAUUGAUCCUGCACCAGCAAACACGAAAAUUCAAUCAGUUUCAGAAUUACGUGAUAUCCUUCUUAAUACCAAUUUACCUUUAUUUGAACGUUAUCGUGCAAUGUUUACAUUACGAAAUUUAGGAACAACAGAUGCCGUCAUGAUACUCUCUCAAGGAUUAAAUGAUCCAUCAUCUGCUUUAUUUAGGCAUGAGAUCGCUUAUGUAUUAGGACAAAUGCAAAAUCCGACUAGUGUACCUUUUUUAAUUGAAACAUUGAAAAAUGUGAAUGAAUUAUCUAUGGUUCGACAUGAAGCUGCUGAAGCUUUAGGAUCUAUUGCAACCCCUGAAUGUUUACCAGUAUUAAAAGAAUUCAAGAAUGAUCAGGAAAGAGUUGUUAAGGAAAGUUGUGAAAUUGCGUUGGAUAUGUAUGAACAUGAAAAUUCUCAUGAAUUUCAAUAUGCUGAUGGAAAUAAUAUAAAAAUAAUACAAGCACCUAAAAAUGUGAACAAUAAAUUAUCGUUCCGUGAUCAAUCAAUUACGCGAAUUCGAAUUUAA